AACCCAUUGUGUGCAAAUUUUGGUCGGGAGGAACUGCUGUUGUAAAUACCCGCGAUAACGGUGUUUACACUGAUUGUAAACGGCCGAUUUUGUAGACAACGGAUUGGAAGAACGAGUUUAUUUCUCAGAGUUCGAGUUGUUCGUUCGUCCAGACAGCUUUAAAGAAUUUUUUUCUGCGGAACGUGUUUUCUGAAUAAAAUUUGGCCCGUCUGAGGCCGACCAGACAGAAACCCUCACAAUCAUGGGCCCGACACCGAGGGGGCCGCUCCUGCUAGCGGUCCUCUUCUGUGUGGCUCGCCUGGCCUGCGGCAACGCGAGCCAGGCCCAGGCGGACCCCUUCGACUCGCCUUUGCGGUGCGUCGAGCCGCCCCAUUGGAGCUCCGGUGGGGUCAGUCCGAUGACGGAAGGACGGGGAAAUGUGACAGUGGUGGCGCUGUUGCAGGCUAGCUGAUCCUUUUGCCUUUCGCAGGCCUCUCGGCUGGAGAUACUGAGACAAGACCUAGCCGCAGACGGCCUAGCGGACAUCGAUUUCCUGGUCGUCAACUCUGGCGGGUGGCGGUCCCGCCUGCUGUCUUACCAGCUCAGUAACCGGGUGUCCUUCCCCGUCUACGAGGAAGGGUACUUCACCAGCAUUUGGGAGACACUGCAUGGAGGCAAGGAUGACAUACUGGUGUAUGACAGGUGUGGUUUUCUGACGUAUCAACUGCGCAUGCCGUACAGCUUCUUGACCUAUUCCUUCGUGGAGGGUGCGAUCCGGGUCACGUACCAUGGUGAUGACCCCUGCAAUUGCAGUAUUGGGGAGAGCCAGAUGACCACAAAAGUGCCCCCUGUGGAAGACGGGAUGGAGGAUAACCAGGCGCUGAAGAGAAAUGAAACUUUGCAGAGUGACGAUUUUGAAACAAAUAUCACAACGAAUUCGUCACGCGAAGUUGAGCCGGCUGGCAACAUCACAGUUGCAUCUUCUUCAAGGACAACUAAUAACCCAAGCAACAUGACGGAGGCUGAGCCGGAAUCUGAGCCUGAAUCUGAGCCUGAAUCUGAGCCGGAACCUGAGCCGGAAACUGAGCCGGAGGUUCGGCUGAAGGAACUCAAGAAGCUUCACAGGCAUCACGACAAACAGUACGAUCCGAAGAAAUGACAGCACCACGACGUGGCCACGUGCCGCCAACUCAACGUCAUGGGCAUCAAGGACAGCUGAUGCUGAUGCUGAUCCAGGGCCCGCCUGGCAGAGAACACCACCAAGAACCUGCCGGCCGAGCAGCAGGUCUGCGGUAGCUGAUGCUGACCGGAGUUCAGCCCCGCAGGCCCCGCGGAGACCACGGAGGCGGCCCGCUGCGCUAGCUGAUCCAGGGACGGUGCCGAUGAGACCGGCGCUCUCUGACGGAGCUGAGACGCGCCGGCCGGCACUGGCAGCCCCCGGGCCAGCGUCUGACGGAGCUGAGCCGCGGACCCGGCCAUGGCCGAGGUCUGCGGCAAUGCCAACGAAGAAUAAGUGCUUAGAGGUUGUUAAGAGUUAAGAUAGUCAGGCAGUACAGUUGUUCUUUCUCAAGAAAGAACGGCCCCACGUGUACCUAAAAUAUUUUUAAUUAAGAAAGAUGGAAAAAAGGGAAAACUCCACAGCAAUUUUUCGUCACAUGACUAACAUAAUUUGGCGACGCAGUUAUUUUCUGUGUUCAAUAGCUGGCUUUCGUUUAUCAGCAGAAGCGAUCAUUUUGAGGAAAAGGGGAGGGGUAACGUUUAACUCAUUUCAAUAAUUUUAGUUGACCGGUGACUUCGUGGGUUUUAUUUCAAGAGGGCGCUUCCACACCUAUUAAUGAAGGCAAUCAGAUAAAUCCUCUGGACUCUGUUGCUGGAUGAAAAAAAACUGCCAAAUGGCAGAAGGUCUGGAGUCGCCAUCUUGAAACCAGUCUGUCUGACUGUCUUGAACUGAGAGAAAUAAGAAAUAGUAAACAGUAUUCAGUGAUUCUCUGUUGUUUGUGUUAUGUACCCGUUGUUGUUGUUCUUGUUGUUGAUGUGGUUGUUGUGGUUGUUGUUGUUGUUGUUAUUGUUGUUGUUGUUGUUGUCCGAAUGUCCUGUUUAAGUUUGUCGAUGUUAUUGUUCACAUAAAAGUGCUUUUCUAGAUUGUUUUUAAUUUGCUCAUCCUGAUAACGCACUGCAUUUGCAGUUGUGAGUGAGGCCCUUUUCAAUCAAAAUAUUUUGAUCAAUGAAAUUCCUUUCUUUAAAACAAAGGUGAAAACUCGAAAUGCUCAAUAAUGUAACUGCUCCAUAUUCUGAUCAAAAGCGCAUCAGCUUUGGACGACAUUGUUGGGAAAAUGACCUAAGUUUUACUGAAAAAAAACCGAAUACCAGAAAAACGCAAUUUUAGCCAACUUUUAAUUGCCUCAAUACUUUUUUUAAAGUGAUGUGGCAUGCUCCGUAAUUAGCUUUGACGUUUUGUUUAUUUACAGAUCGUAUCGAUUCCAGUAUUUAUGUGGUUUAUUGAAAAUGGAAACGUUAUUAGAAGAGCAAUGUUACAUUGGAUUCUGUCCAGUCACCUUCCAUCGUCUCCAUGAUCAGUUUUUGUUAAACCUCCAAAUCUGGAGGAACAAAAACCGUGAUAUACCGACGAGACCCAAGUGGAUUGACAGAAAACAAACAACUUGCUCUUCUGCUUGACGUUUCCAUUAUCAAGUGAAACAUAUCGAAGACUGACGGUCCGAAAAAAUGAACUUGAAUUUUAAUAAAACUACAUGCCUUUGCUUGA